AGAUUAUAUACAGUUAUAUUCGGAAAUUCAUCAGGACAGAGUUACUUCGAUUACUUCGAUUGUCAUAAUUUGUUCAGAGUUACGUCGAUUACUUCGAUUGUCAUAUCGUUUGUUCAGAGUUACGACUUGAACUCGUGAGCUACAGAAUUGCCGGAUUCAUCCAUCUCAAUGCAAAAUGGUGAAAACCGUGAAGCGCCGACUAUCCAACCCCCAGAUCAUCCUCCAGCUAUGGGAGGCUAUUACGUGCAUUCGGCAGAGCAAACAGGUGGCCAACAUGGACCGCAUCUAUCGCUUCAUGGAGCGUUCUUACGGUGUCUCCAACAAAGAUGUCCAGAAGGAGAUGGCUAAUGCCGUGAAGGAGGGCUUGUUGGUGAAGGAAGUGUCAACAUGCAAGCGUGGAGAGAGGGAGGGACUGACGCAGGACGGCUUCUGGUGUGCUGAAGAAAGAACCGAAGAGUCUGAAGAGCCCCAUGAUUGGUACUGUUUUGAGUGUCACGCAGGGGGAGAUGUAUUGUGUUGUGGGACGUGCUGCAGAGUCUAUCAUCCAGAUUGUGUGAAGGUCAGUGACCCGGAGAAGAUACUGAGCAUUUGGAUCUGUCCUAUUUGUGAGAGUUUCAAGAAGAAGAGCAUACAUUUAAGUAAAUGGGAUCUCAACAAAAUCUUACUGCAUGUUCUCAACAGAAUGAAAGAAAAGGCGAGGGAUCUCUCAAGGAAGCUUAACCUGAAUGAAUUACCUAAUUAUUACAACCUAGUUUAUCAACACAUCGAUAUUUCCACUAUGAUGGAGAAACUGUCAGAGAAAAGGUAUCGUACUCUCGAAGAAUUUGAAGGUGAUGCUAAGUCCUUGGUUCACAUUGCCGUUAUAUACUAUGGACCAGUCAGUGAGAGAGCUAAUAUUUGUGAACAAACCCUAAAAGACUGCCUCUAUGAUCUAUCAGAAAUCCGUCUCUGCAAAGAUUGUUACAUCAUGUCCAACGAUAGAACACAGAAAGAUUGGUUUUGCAAACCUUGUAAUCCUCCUCAUGAGCUUGUCUGGGCCCAGAUGACGGGCUUUGGAUUCUGGCCUGCUAAAGUACUACAGAAAGCAGACACAAACGCAGAUGUUAGAUUCUUUGGAUCGCGGCAUGAAAGAGCGUGGAUCGAUCUUUGCCAUCUGCGUGACAUUACCGUAGAACGCAACAAACUGAGACACAAGCCCUCUACAGGCUGGCGUUCCGCUGUGAAAGAGAUGGAUACCUACAUGGCCAACCUGGCCGAAUAUCAAGAGAGAGCGGCGAGCAGAGCUAAAGAAAGGACCUCUUCAACGUCGGGACGGAAGAGAAAGCUGAAGAAGGAGGGGGCAGGUUCCCAGGAUGAUGAUGGUGAUGAGGAGGAUAGUAGCAUUGUGGAGGAGGAGGAUGAUGAGGAUGCGCAGUGUGAGGCAAGGCAUGUUGUCAGGGCAAGCUCCUCAACGGAUGCAGGGCAGGACCAUAGCGUGAGCACCAGCCAGACAUCGCCACCUGAAAUAGACGAGCCUGUUAACAAGAAACUCAAUGCAGAGGAAGGUUCAUCAUCAUCAGCAGGACCAAAUACUGCUUCAAAAACCGAAACUGAAACGGAAACGGUGCCAGAUCCUGAGCCGAUGGAUGCAGUCCCGGAGGACAAUGAUGAAGAACCGAUAGAAGACAGUCCCCUAGAUGACACCCCACCACCGCCUCUUGAGGAGGAAGGUACAAGUGAGACGACAUCACCCAACUCAAGGACAUCUCCGAACUCAAGGACAUCUUCGAACUCAAGGACAUCUCCAAACUCAAGAACAUCUCCAAACUCAAGGACAUCCCAGAGCAGACUUGAAGAUAAUUCCAAGACGACAACGCCAGCUCUUCGAUCAAGGCUAGAGGCUGAUUAUAAGAAGAAGCUGGACAAGGCUGUCAAAGAAGUAUUAGAUAAGGCCAAGCAAGAAUGGCAGGCAGAGAAGGAAAAGAUCUUGAAAGAAGCAAAGGAUAAACUCGCUGCUGAAGUUCAAAGAGUAAAGACAGAGACUGAACAAAGAUGCAAGAAAGAGCACAACGAGCAAGUCCAAAAGCUCUCUGAUGAAAUAUCUCAAACAAAGAAGAAACAAUGGUGUAUAAACUGCGAGAAAGAAGCCAUGUACCAUUGCUGCUGGAACACAUCCUACUGUAGCAUUAGCUGCCAACAGGUCCACUGGCACCAAGAGCAUAAGAGACUCUGUCGACGUAAACGAUGAUCAUCCCACCCCCCUCCAACAAACUUCCCUUGCCCAUUAAAGACACAUACAUGUGAUGCGUGUAGACAGUGCAGCCAAUGAUGAACCCAACUCAUGGAUUUUCUGUUUCUGAAUCCUUGGUAAGCAGGAUUCCAGUGUUGACAUGAUGAUUACUGAAGCAGUCAAAUUGGAGUUUGUUUUUAAACGAGUCCAGAGAUGGAGAAAUCACAAAAUCUGCAGGUAGAUGCAUAUUACUCUCAAAAUGUUGCUUCAACAUGACAUCUUGUAUACGCGAAAGUGGAUCCAGCAAUCUGUAGUCGGUUGCGGCUCCCUUUUCGAUAGGGCUUUUCGUAAACAAUUUGAUCAGUCUUCUAGUCAUUUUUGUCUGACUUUACCCUUCCUUGGAAAAUCCAGAUGAGUCAUUAAUACUGGACUGUAGAAGGAAUUGAUGCCCAAGACAACACCAAAACUGACUCAAAGCUGACCAAUGCUAUGUAAUAGGAAAAAGUGGAAUACAUUUUGUUAGUGUGACCAUAGCAUAUGACUAGGGGAAUCUGGAUGAAUCUGGAUGAAACUGGAUUGAACAGGAUGAAGGUAGAUGGAACAGGAUGGAAGUAGUUGUAACGGGAUGAAUAGAUCAAGAAUUAGUGUUAAUUGUUUACUUACAUAUGUAGUUGCCACCCAUAUGAAUUGGACUAUAUUCAAAUACAUUAGUUUUUAAAAUCAAUCUCUUUGACAUAACUUCUGAAAGGUAUCCAUGGUGAAGAAGUAAGAGUGUACUGGUUUCACGGUACACCGUGUAUUCUUAUGUGGCCAUAUGUAGGUCCUUAAAAGGACCACCCAAACUCGUUUGUCCUCGUGGAAGAAAUAUGAAGACCUUGGCUCCCCCCUCAAAGAACUACAUCCAUGUUCAGGUCCACAUUGUUAAUUUCGCCGCUUUGGGACCGGCUCCCAUCCGUGUGGGUGAAAUGGCCGAAAAUGAGAGUGUCAAAUUGGACACCAAAAGAUGAAAAUUAAUAAAAUGAAAUGGAAGAUUACUUUCUAAUAUUUUUGGUCCUUAGAUGUAGGUAAUCUUGGCAGGGAGACUUGGCUGGUUAGGAGAGUUGUCCAGAUAAAUGAAAGCCUGAUAAACGAGAUGAGACAGUACAGUAUAUGAAAUUUAAGUUAUUGAUAGUAGACUAAUACAUAUUUGUAAGAACCUGUCUAUGAUCAGAAGUUUCAACUUGCAUUGGAGAACAACCAUUCGAAUUUGAAUCAUACUCUUCCAUAUGCCUGAAUGAAAACUGUUGGGUUUUCUCUUCAAGUAAUGGUGAAUGAUUUAAAACCUUUUGAGCCGAGGUCUUCAUAAAGUAAUAAAGCUUUGCGUCAUAAAAUCAUAAUAAUUUAUAGCAACUUUAAGUGCUUUUUCAUAUUGCAUUUUGUGUAAUAUUCUGAGUUUAAUGAAUUUACAUUUACAUGAUUAUUAGAGUCUGGAACCCUUAAGAUAACUAUUUUCAUAGUGUGUGAAUGAGAAGACAGAGAAAUCUACAAAAUUAUGAAAACAACGACCUGUAUACUGAGAUCGAUUUGAAUUAUAGAGCAGUUGAAAAUAUGGAGCUAUUAUAUAUAAAGUGUAAAUAUUUUUAUCUAUGAAAUGAAAGGUAUCCAUGCUGGAUUUUGAUAUGUAGAAGUACUUUAUGAAGACGUUUUAUUGAUUUAGUAAUAGAGUUGCCAAUUUGAUAGAGGUCGUCUGGGUGAAUUCUUUAAGGUAGUGUGACAUUGUGAAAGUUGUAGACAUGCUAUGGAAAGCAGGCUAGGCUAGAACACAUCAGAUGAGCAUAUACAGGGAGACUUCAUGGUGUAGGGGUUCUGACUCCUGUCUCUUAAUUGGUGGGUCAUAGGUUCAGAGCCUACUCCAGGCCUCGGAAAGAAAUUUAUCCAUAUUGCGCUUCACCCGACCAAUAUGGUGUAGGACUUUGUUCCUUGAAAAGUGGUAACAGCUGCUCUGCUAACGCCAGUAAAAUUACGCUGCAUUCAUAAAGUUAUAAUAAAAGUGCUGUAUAUAAAGCAAGUACAGUAUGCUAUAAUUAUACAAGUACAUGUACAGUGUAUGUAACUUUGCAACAGCUCAGAUGUUUGUACUAAGCCAAUACUACAUUGAUCCAUCGGUUUGCGUCUGUAGCUUUCAUCAUGUCACACUGUAUUAAAGAUUUACACUGGUCAGCUUAUAUUCUGUAUUAUUUAGAAAUUAUUUUAUCAACAUGUUCUAUGACCAAGGCAACUUCUUAUCGCAUGGCAUGACAUAAACUGAUUUGCUUUGCCAAAUGACAUGCUAUUUUGAAUUUGAAAUUUUUUUUUUCAUGUACAGCUCUAGAAUAGAUAUAGCAAUAUUUUCCAUGUGGUGUUAAAAAGUUUCUGUUGCAUUCAAAUUUUAUUUAAGUUUGUCCAACAGCACUAUUUGCCAAGAAUAUGAUCCCCAGACUGCCAAAAUUAUUAAUUCUAGUACGGUUGGCUUAAAGUGAGUUUCUACUUGAGAUGGCAAGAAGAUUUUUCUUGUUAAAUGUGUAAGUUAUAGCAUGGCAUGACAUGUCUUGCCAAGUUGACUUCUAAAAAUUGAUAUGUCAUCAUGAUGGUAACUUGACUGUCUUGACAUAAUGUAUAUAAUUUUAAUGACUCAAAAAGUUGACAAGGGAACUUACCAAAAAUCUCUGCAGCAUCUUGAAGGGGAAAGAAACCUUUGGAACAAGUGGGCUUGUGUGAGUGGAAAGAGAAAAAUCAAAGAAUAAGAUCAAAUAAAGUUUGAGAAAAAUCAGACAAGUAAUGAGAAAGUUAUCAGCAUUUGAAUAUUGCAAUCACUAAAACUAUGGAGAUCCUCCCAUUGGCAAUGUGAUGAUGUCACAUGUGAACAACUUUCCCUGUGAUGGAAUAUAAAUUAGCCCCAAAAUGUAUCAUUUUGUCCUUUAUUAUAGUGAUAUAAAAUCUUUAUCCAUAAUGUAUUCUUUGAAAUCUGCAUUACAUGCCCUCCAUUAGAAAGAAUACAUGAUCUACUGAUAGAUGUGAUAAAAGAGGCAGUUUAAGUGAAAUAUAUACAAAAGUAAUGGGAAAGUUGUUUACACGUGAUAUCACACAUCUUUGUCGCAUUGCCAAUGGGAGGAUCUACAUUACAAUAAGGCUAUCUGCUCUUUUUUGUUGGCCCCUCAUUCUCAUAAAUAUGUUUUUUGUAUGUUGUCACAAUGUUUUACUUAUGUACCUUAUGUAUGUUUUUUCAUGUUUUUAUUGAGAGUAAAUAAAUUGAAUUGAAUUAAA